GAUGCACCUUACCAAAUAAUAAAAUAACUGAAUUUUUUGCUUCCGGUUUCCUCGCAUCCGCCAGUGUUCGAAGGGUAGAACUAGUGAUAGAACCCGGCCAAUCCCUGGGACUGAUGAUAAGGGGUGGCGUAGAGUACGGAUUAGGAAUUUUUAUUACCGGCGUCGACAAGGACAGCGUAGCGGACCGGGCUGGACUGAUGGUCGGCGACCAAAUCCUAGAAGUGAAUAAUCAAUCAUUCAUGGACGUUACCCAUGACGAGGCUGUUAGUCAAUUCAAGUUCCACAAGCGGAUGUCGCUGCUGGUGCGGGACGUCGGGAAAGUGCCACACUCGUGUACCACCGUUGAGCCAGAACCGUGGGAUGCCUACAGUCCGACCGGAGUGAGGACCCGCCGAAAAUGUCCGGUGUCAGCGAUGGUGGAAGAAAAAGCCAGAUCCUUAUUACCUCGUCAUCAUUUUGCUAACUUAUCAUAUUAUAUAGCGGAAUAUGGUGCUAGAGGAAUGACCAUAGAGGCCUUCGUAUCUGUUUUAUUAGAAAUGUUAGAUACACCCGAAAAGCAUACUUUAGUAACAGAAAUAAGAGAAUUAGUUUUUCCUGAAGACAGGACGCGAUAUGACGAACUUGUAUAUAGGAGGGGGAGAGACGUUUACGGUGAUCCACUAGAUAGGCAUAGGAGAAAAGAUCAUUUACCUCAUUCGCACGAUUUGCCGGUAAGUACUGAAUGUUUUUUCACCGCGAUUCCUACACCAAAGAUAACCCCGAUCCGAAAAAAUACUCGCACCCGUACUCUGACAGCGGCUGCGAUGUACCUGUAA